CCUGGCUGGGACGUUUCCGCAUCGGUGUUCUGCUGCCAUAGGCUCGCGGGGUUGCCAGGGCUGCGGGACCGAAUGUUGGGCGGCGCGCGAGCCCUUCCAGCUCCAGCGGCGGUUGCAGAGCAUGGAGCUUGAGCUGGUUCACAUGCUGGAGCUGUCGGCCGCUGUCGCCCUUGCACUCUUGGUCUUGCUUGUGAUAACUGCACAUGUGACUGCCGUACAAAUGUCAAACCUCACUCUUGGAGAGAAAGAAAAAUUCUUCUGGAGUCUAAAUUCUGCUGGGAAGGAAUUGUUCCCCAGUAUUCAUGACCUUCCCACGAAAGAAUUGUCUGUUAUUGUCCCGUCUUAUAAUGAAGAAGAAAGAUUACCUCUGAUGAUGGAUGAGACAUUAGAAUAUUUGGAACAAAGACAGAAGAAAGACUCCUCAUUUACCUAUGAAGUGAUUGUGGUAGAUGAUGGCAGCAAAGAUGAAACAACCAAGGUUGCACUGAAUUAUUCCAAGGAGUAUGGAUCUGAUAAGGUCCGUGUACUAACAUUAGUAAAAAAUCGUGGGAAAGGUGGAGCUAUUAAAAUGGGUGUGAUGAGUUGCCGAGGAAGAUAUGUUCUAAUGGCUGAUGCUGAUGGAGCUACCAAGUUUGCUGAUAUUGAAAAAGUAGAAGCUGGCUUGAGAGGUCUCCAGCCAGGGCCAGAUAACAUGGCCAUCUCAUGUGGAUCUAGAGCUCAUUUGGAAAAGGAAACAAUAGCCAAACGUUCCUAUUUUCGAACCCUGCUCAUGUAUGGUUUCCACUUUUUGGUGUGGUUUCUGUGUGUAAGAGGAAUAAAGGAUACGCAGUGUGGCUUCAAGCUUUUGACUCGAGAAGCAGCUCAACGGACCUUCUCAACUUUGCAUGUAGAUCGCUGGGCUUUUGACGUGGAGCUCCUCUACAUAGCCCAGUGUUUAAAGAUUCCAAUUGCAGAAGUUGCUGUGCAAUGGACAGAGAUAGAGGGAUCAAAACUAGUUCCCUUCUGGAGCUGGUUACAGAUGGGUAGAGAUCUUCUCUUCAUUCGGCUACGUUACCUUACUGGUGCCUGGAAUCUGGAAAUGCCCAAGAAAGUCAACUAAGUUAUUGCACUGUAACUGUUCGUGAAGAUAGAAGAACGUAUCAAAUUACUGAAAUAUAAUCGAGACAUGGUGACACAAGAUGUUUUACUGUAAAUGGCAAAACAUUUUGUUGAUUCUGCAUUCAUAUUGCAGUUUAUUUUGUUUGUAAAUUGCACACUGGUGAAUAAAGGCUGUAUAGGCUGUAUUCUUGGUUAAA